AUGGAAAAAAACCCGUUUUCGGUCUCCGAGGAUUCCUACGUUGCGCAGUGCAGCAGCGACCUCGAGGAGGCGCUGCGCCGCGUCGUCGACGCGGCGAACGCGUCGAUGCCGCGCAUCGUCACGGUACCCACGGAGGCGGAGGAUGCGGCGAAGACGCUUGGAGCACGGUGGUCUGGAGGAGCGAUCAUUCUGAAGUAUCGCGACGAAUACUUCGAGGUGAAGUCUUCCGCUCAAUCAGAGCUUGCUGCAGAUGACCAGUGGGCUUCGCGAAAAGCCGCCCAGAUCCAACGCGUAUGGCGACGCUGUGCCAAGAAGGCAUCGAGUGAAGCAGCUGAAGCAGCUGAAGCAGCUGCAGAUCCUCCGCAGGCCACCGCUGUGAUCGCAGAUGCCGUAGAGAAAUCCGACGGGUAUCCAGCCGUUCAUUCCGCGGCUGCAGCUGUGGCACCGGUGAUACCGGUGGAGGUCUCCCUUGAAUCUGUUGAAGGAGCUUCGGAGAUGGAGGAAGUGCGAAGCGUCCAGAGUGUCCUGACUUGGACGAGCCAGAUGUCUAGAUUGGCAUCGGUGGCAUCGGUGGCAUCCGCAGGUGACGCGGGACCCUCGAGAUGGGAUCGUUUCCUGCUGGACGCCGACCACUUUUUGGACCUCUUCCCCAGAAGCGUCCCUGAAGUCGAAGGCAGCUUUAAGCAGAGCUUCGAAGCAGUGAUCACAGAUGGAAGAGCACUCAUGAAGGAGAUCAUCAUUCCAAUGACACAGUACCUGCGAAAGAAGCAUAAGAAACUUCCUGAAGGUCGCUACGAAACGCUGCGGAGUUUCAUCUGGAUCCAACUGAAGCUGGAUCCAACACGUUCUCUCUUCCAGCUGUUCCAAAGCUUGACGGACGAUGAACUGUUGGCCUUGGUCUCCUAUACCUACGACUUGCGCAAGAAGUAUCCCAAGGCUGAUGGAAAGCUGAACUUUGCAGCGCAAGUUUCCGUGGCGGUGCUGAAUGAGACUGAAGAUCCUCACAUGAACGUUUGCGUGCACCACUUCAAGACCCUUGGCGAGCAACUGGUGAACGGGGAAGGUUGCUGGGCUGAUUGUCUACGACCUCACGUCGAGACAGCGGUGGAGAAGUGCCGAUCUGCAGAGCAACCAAGAACCUUAUACUGUGACCUGGCCACCAACGAGAGCCCUGUAGGUGCGGUGAUGCCAAAUUGCAUGGAGCAUCUACGACAGUUGCAGCCUGACGAGGAGGUCCCAGUGAACUGGACCUGGGUGUGGGACGUGGGACCCAGAGGUCUUGUGGCCCAGCUAUACGAGUUGGACCACAAACCAGGAGAUUUUGCUGGGAAAAUGGGGAUCGGGUUGCCUGGUGGGAUGGGCAUUGAAGGAGCAGUGAAGGGCAAUUCGGAAUAUCCUUCAUUUGUAGACGUUGCGCUGCAAGCUGCAACUGCUGUCUGUGGCGCCGUGGUGCAAUUGGACGCACCUCGCAACGUCAGCGAUGUCUCAGUGCGCCGAAGAAACGGAGACGACGGAGACGAUGACAGUCGCGUCGCCACUGCUUUGAUCCUGGAGGGAGUUGAUGACGAGGAUGUUGAGUGGCAGCAUAUCGUGACGGUGGAUCUGUCCAGCGGUCUGGAGAGGGUCCCAUCCUUCAAUUUGGUGGUAGGCAUCCAGGGGAGUGCAAAGGAUACGGUGGCGUCUCUGAAGGAGCGUGUUGCCACUGUGUCCUUGGUGCCAUUUCCGGAUCAGGUCCUCUCCCUGGAGAACCAAGCCCUCCCAGACGAUGCCUUGCUUGUCGGCUGCGGGGUGGAGGACGGCAGUUCCUUGGUUCUUUCGGCCAAGCCCUCGAUCGACACCUUCCUGCGACAGCUGGAGGAGCUUUUGUCUUCCAGGGAGAUGUCUAAGGAUGAGUUGUGCCUUCUGUACUGCUACAAGCACGGCGUGAGCGUGUCGCAGGUGUUGAAGGCGCGGCUGACGCCGACCUUGGUAGUGAUGGUUUUGUCAGUGCUGGUGACCUUCUUUCGCGGGGAAAAUCUUCGAUCCAAGUGUCAAGCGGCCGAUGGAGAUUGGGGACGGAAGCGCGGCGAGAACCAAAGGGUGACCUUGCUGACCUGGGUCACCUGGGAUGAUCUGCUGCUCUGUGGUUGUGGUUGGAUUCAGUGCAGUGAAUCAGUGUGCAACUCAGAGGGGUAUGUUGACCUGCACAACAGCAUCUGCAGCCGAGCCUUCAAUUCCAAGGCCUCCCGGGCUUUGGUGGAACUGGUGGAAGACCUUCAGCAGAUCUUGCCCUUGCACAUCCAUCAAGCGGUGAAGGGUGGCUCAAUGGGCAAAGGCACAGCCACCAGCGCUGGUUUUAAGCGACCGGAUGCAGAGGUGGUCUUUUUUCUCCACGCCGCCAACCCCGAAACUUUGCUGCGGGAGAAGUGGCUGCCGCCUUUACUGAAGGCUUCCGCUGACAUCUUGAAAAGCAAGUACCAAGUAGAGCUCAUGGAGGGAGUGUUGCCUGGGGGCGGCGAGCGCGGGGUUGCACUGAUGGCCUUGUACCUGUGCUACCGACGAGGAAAGAAGAUCCCGCGUGGGUCGUUCAUGAACAGUCUGGCACAGGCGAGGCAGCCACUGCUGGCGUUGACGGGAGUGCCAGGGCAGGAGUUCAGGUUCAUCCACUCGUUGCGUGGCACGUAUGCCCAUGCUGUGGGGAAAGCACCGAGAUUCAAUCAUCUGGAAAUGCACGUGCAGUUGGGACUGACGAUGUUUGCGGUGUACUUCAGGCAUUUCGAGUUUGCGCUGUACCUGGUGAAGUUUGCUCGUGGAAAGCAUCGAAUGCAAGUUGGGAUGAUAGGUGCGCUGGUGAAGUUCUACGAGGAGACAGGUGGCGCGUGGCGAGCCGCAUAUCUGCCUGGGAAGACAACAAGGGCACGGGAGGUGCGUGGAGGGAAUCAGAGGAAGAAGGGAGUACAUCACUGGUUGGAUGAGUUCCAGAACCCGGGCAAAUUGCUCAUGCGUCCGCGCUUCGAAGACACCUUGAAGCAGCUGGGCUUGCUGCGCGGGGCAGAGACAACGCAGAGUGUUGCUUGGCAACUUGGCGUCUGCAGUGGGGUAGGGAACUCGACGAAUUCGAAGAAGUUUGGACGCAUGAUAGGGGCCACGGCGAAGACCUUCCUGGAGGAGACGAUCGUGGAGCUCCAAAAGAUCCCUUCAACUGAAGACCUCGUGAAGGAGGCGGCGAGUGUGAACAUGCCAAGGAAUUUCGCUCUGCUAUCAAGAUCGGUGUGGGUGGCAACGGAAAAACCAACGCUGCGUGCUGAUGUUCAGGAGAUGUGUGAUCCUGGGUCGCAAGAACCUGCAGGGGCUGUUGAUGGUAAGUGGAUCAGGGUUCGUGGGGGCAAUGCGUCAGUGGCUCAGGAGUCGGUGAAGCGGCGGCGGUGCGCCUGA